ACCGCAAUGACAGCCUCUUCCCUUUUUUGAGGUUUCCUGCCUAGAGCUACUUCUUUUCCUGUUCUCUCACUCUUCAGACAGAUGUCACCACUGCCCCUCUAGUCCCAACGCCUUGAGUCUUGGACCUUGAUUCCCAACCAGAAAGUCUUCAGUGUCAACGGCAUCCCCCAACUUGGGAACAUCUAAUAUGGCUCAGUUAGGAUUCCCAAUCCUCCCCAUUCUCCUGGGUUUGACCUGGCCUCAGUUGGGAGCUGCUCAAGUUGCAAAUGAUUGUGGUCAUUGCUACAAGAUUGAUCCCGGCACCAUUGCAGGAGUUGUGCUGGGAGAUUUGUUCCUGACUUUGCUCAUUGCUCUGGGAGUCUACUAUGUGGUCAGCUGUAUCUAUAAACAGCAAGCCACCAGCAAAGCAGACAAGGCUCAGCAUGAAUCUCCCUAUGAGGAACUUCAAGGGCAGCGAAUGGAUAUAUACAGUGACUUGAAAAAUCCAGGUCCCCGAAUUUCUUACAGAUAACCUUCCUCCACUUCCUUGACCUUCCAACAUUAAAUAAGAAAUUCCGAGAUUGAAGUCAUUUUCAGCAGAUCAGCUCCACUACUGUGUGCAAGCUUUCCACUGUGAACUUCUACCUGAUGACUUUCCCUAUAUAGUAUCUUGCAUUUCAAUCAACAUUUAGUCUAUUUUCAAAGCUAUUGUUGUCUCCCACUACCCCCCUAUUUGCUAUUGUUUUAAUACAUGGGUAUCUAGGGUCGCUUGGGCAAUGAAAGUGGCUUAGAAAUUGAACAGAUAAGUAAAUUAAAAUAGACACAUUCAGGACAAUAUUACCUGAAUCACCAUCCGUUCUACUCAUUGGUGGUCAUACUGUUGAAAGAGUUCUUCAGGAAGUGUGAACUCACUGUUCUCCAAACAGAGACAUUAUUUCUGCCCAGAGUCGCCUUAAAGGGGAGAUGAACGGCAUAAAAAAUUAAUAAAUAAAUAAUAAAAAAAUUUCAAAGUAGACAGAUUCUGGUAUAGCAAUCCAGGUCAUGUGUCAUCAGACGCACAGACCUAACUGAAUCUGUGUUGCCCCCAUAACCAUAUAUACAAAAAAGGCUGCCUAGAAGAUUAUGGAUAUCUAUUUAUUAGAUUUUUUUUUCAUGGAGGUCCUCUCGGUACCCCCCCCCCUUUUUUUGUGCUCAAAAAUAAAAGGUUCGAAUUCAGACGCAGCUGCCUUUAAAUCAAUGGACAUUACAUGAAUUGAAAUUAAUAGGGUCUUAAAACCUGAUGAAUUUGAUUUCAAUGAAGUUCAUUCAAUUCACUUCCAAUCCAAUAAUUUGCACUAUUUUUCAAGGUGUGGUCCUCUGGAAAGCCCAUCUCAACCUUAAAUGCAUGGUAGUUAUGGAAGAUGUGUAAAUUGCUUUUACUAGAGCUAUUUGUUUAUUAACUUCUUCUAGUAGACACUGAGUUUCAGGGAGAGGCAUUUCCCAUAACCUUCUUUUAAUCAGAAAGCGCAGUGUUUCUCAACCUUGACAAUUUUAAGGCAUGUGGACUUCAACUCCCAGAAUUCCACAGCCAGCAUUGGAA